UUGAAUGCACAGCUUCUAGUUUUGCAUGCCGGUAGAUAUGUUCUGGGUGGAGAACUGGAAACUUCAUACUGUGUGUAAGCAGCUGUGCAACAAGGUGGUCGAAAAGUUUCUUUUUAAAGCCCAGACAGAAUAUGUCCUCAAGGAAAACUGCACGAAGAAAUUCAAGCAGCCUCUGGAUGAAUUCCCUCAGGCAUUUGGUGUUGCUCUCCUCUUUUUGCCAUUUGGUAUCUGGAUACUCUGUGAGGGACAGAGUGCAUGACUUGAUGUCCAAAUAUCCUCUUGUUGAUGGUCACAAUGACCUAGCGCUGCAGCUGAGGAUUCUUCACAACAAUCAUCUGAGCGAAGUUAACCUUUAUAAUCUCAGCAAAGUAGCAACAGACAUUAACCGUCUCCAAGCUGGUCAUGUACAAGCACAGAUGUUUGCAGUCUAUGUGUUGUGUGGGGCCCAGGAGAAGGAUGCUGUGAGGCUCACUCUGGAACAAAUAGAUGUAGUCAGACGCAUGUGCACUGAGUACCAGGACUUUCAGCUGGUCACAUCUGUCCAAGAACUAAAAGAGUCUGACAUGAGACAUAAGAUAGCCUGUCUGAUAAGUAUUGAGGGGGGGCACUCCAUUGACAGCAGCCUGCCAGCCCUGCGGAUGUUUUACCAGCUUGGAGUCCGCUCCAUGUCCCUCACACAUACCUGCAACACCCCCUGGGCUGAAUCCUCCUCAAAACUAUAUCAUGUCUUUCAAAGACGAAACAACAGUCUGACAGAUUUUGGUGAGGCUGUGGUAGAUGAGAUGAACCGUCUGGGAAUGAUAGUAGACCUUUCCCACACUUCUUGGGACACGGCCCUGGCUGUGCUGAAGUACUCUAAGGCUCCUGUUAUUUUUAGCCAUUCAUCUUCCCACUCCAUCUGUAACCACAGCCGCAAUGUGCCCGACUGGCUGCUGCAGGAGCUGGAAUGCACAAAGAUCCUGAGAAGGCUAUGUCAUAAAAAGAACAGAGGGUUGAUCAUGGUGAAUCUCCACAGCAAGUUCAUUUCAUGCAGAGACAAAGCCAACAUCUCUCAUGUGGCUGAUCAUUUUGAUCACAUAAGGAAGGUGAUUGGAGCUGAAUCCAUAGGAAUUGGAAGCGACUUUGAAGGUGCUGUGAGCUUUCCUCAGGGGUUGGAGGAUGUGUCUAAGUAUCCCGCCCUGAUUCAGGAACUCCUGCAAAGGAACUGGACUGAAGAUGACCUUGCUGAUGUCCUUAGGAGAAAUUUCCUGCGAGUGUUCGAGGAGGUAGAGAGGGUGCGUGAUGAGCUGAGUUUGAGCCUGCCCAGUGAGGCCCAUCUUCCUGUAGAGCAGGUCCAGAACCCCUGCAGGCUUGUCCUCAGACCUCCUGACCAGAGCCGGCAAUCUUCUGACCAAAGUCCCUUUUCCAGAGCCCCCCAGAGACCAAAAGGUCUCCUAAUCCUGGCCUUAGUACUGCUGCUCUCCAGCCUAAUUAUGAUGGAAUGAAUUCUUUGAAACCAAGUUCAACUGCACCUUCUUUGGAGAGCUUAAUGAGACUGCUGCACCCCUUUAUGGGCCAUCCAAACCCUCUACAGGUCAGUAUAGAUAAGGGAAGAUUACUGUUAAUACCCUUUAACACCAAUAUAAACAUUCAGUGUGUAGCUAAGCUUACUUAAUUUACAUGCAAACCUCUAUAUAAACAGUAUGCUCCCCAAAGAUAUUAAAUAAAAAUGAUUUUGCAGAGUAUUUUAAAGUAGCUUUUGUUUUGUUUUAUUUUAAAGAUAUCUUAAAAAUAAAAAUAAAUCUGUUUUACUGUGCUAUGUGUGCUUUUCAAAGAAUUAUGAUUUAUAAUGAAUGCAGUGCAAGAACGCUGAAGCUGAUCAAUAAAAAUGUCGAUAUGGAAAUUUAUUUUCUUUUAAUUAUUUCUUUUUAAUUUUGGUUUGCAACAAAAUUCUUAUCUGCUGCUGGGCAGCAAGCCAGAGGUCAGAGCACAAGGCCAGGUCCAUACAGGGAAAGAGUUCAGCUAGAUUGCAACAAUAUGUGAAGUGUUGAAAUGCAUUAUGUUAAUAAGAAACUCUUAUAUUUUCAGUUUUAGGUAUUGUGUAUCACACAAGAAGCAGUUUAUAAACAGAUGUUCUUUAAUUUAAUCUUACAGCGAAAUAAGAAAUUACUGAAUUUUACAAAAGUGUUCAUUUUCAUGUAUCUUAAACUGUACCUCUCUUAAGAGUAACUUCCUUUGUUUUUCUCAUUUUACUUUGACAUAUGUACUUCGACAAGCUCACUUUAAUAUAUAACAUUGUAUACACUGUGUGUAGUAUUUUCACAAAAACACACUAGUAACAAAGUCUCCAUUUAUUUUAUCUUAAAAAAUCUUCUAUUUAUACAUCUGAGAGAUUACAGUGAUCGUAGUUUGAAAAAUCCAUUUCAAUUGGUAGUUUUAUAAAUUUGUGCGUAUUUUAUUGAAAAAAAAGGAGAGUAAAGGAAAGAUUAACUUUUUUUUUAAUAGUGAGAUUAGUAUUUAUUAUUUUACCCUUGCCAUGGUUUAUCCCUCAAAUAUAAAACACUGUCAGUUUGUACAAGUGGUUUAGUAUACAUUAAAAAAGGAGCAGCUGCUCUCUACUCUGCUGGCCUGAAAUACUGACACUUGGCAAAUCAGAAAAAGCCUGAAAAGAUGCAAAACAAAUGCCGGGGAAUGCUUGAGUUGUUGUUAUAUUAGUCUUGGUUUGAAACACCUGUGGUAACAGCAAGUGUUUUAUCAGUGUAAUACAACCAAACUGUUACACAUGUUUCUGUUUACAGUGUAAUCCCAACACACUAUUAUAGGUAUGUUCAGCAAUAGAUUUCAUUUACAGUGAAAAUGACAUCAGAUGAUGAUAAAGCUACAAUGUAGAAAAGCAUUAUAAAAUGUACAAUGUACUGCUUUUGCAGAAAAUAUGCCAACUAUAGAUAUGAAGAAUCUUGCUGAAAUUUAAAAAAUAUCAAGAAUCUAAAUAUUUAGCCUUUUUUCAGAUGUUUUUUUUUAUAUUGCAAAUAAAGCACUCUAUUAGCAUUCAUUGAAACACUUUAUCUUUCUUUCAGUAAUACAAAAAUCUGUCCAAAACUCAUAAAUUAUCUCUAUAUGAUUUUUAAAUCUCUAUAAGAUCUCUGGCUUCUACAUGUACAGACUUGAUCUUGUGCCACAAACAUCACACGCUGAGUUCAUUACCUUCAGUAACUUUUUUUUUUUUUUUUUUUUUUUUUGCCUCAGUGGGAAAAUGUUGGGGGAAAAAAUAAAUAAAUAAAUAGAAAUAUGCUUCCAAAAACAAAACAAAA